GAGAUGUUUUUAUUAAAAAUUUUGUACUGCUCUUAAGAUAAAUAAUCCUAAAAUAAAUCAAAUAUUAUAGUAAAAAUAUUAACUAAAAUUUAUACGAACUUCUAGCAUAAUCGUAGAGUACAAUUGUUAAAAUUUCCAAGAGUUUUUCGUAGAAAUAACGCAUACGAAAGUGUCUAAAUUGAAACAGGAAAAAAAAAGAAAAUUUCUCGUACACUCACAUACAAGUUUCGACGUAGUAGUACCAAAUGGCCUCUGCCCUCGAAAUCGACCGACUACUGGAGGAAUUUUACAAUUACACGACGACAAAUAGCAGGAAACGCGAAAUCGAAGUUACUCUGCAAGGGUUCCAAAAAUCUCCGGAAGUGUGGCGAUCGUGCUUGAAUGUCAUCGGAAAUAAUUCAGUAAAUCAAAUUGUUUGGUUUUUUUCUGCCUCAACGUUGGAAAAUACGAUCCAGAAACGAUGGUUGGCCUUGAACGCUGCCGAUCGCCUUUGUGUUCGCGAGUCGUUGUGGAACUUUUACGCCGGAAUCAGUGAUAAAUGUAGUAGUAGUAGUAACAGUAGUAACACAAGCAAUAAGCUCCAACGUGAUAAAACGGCCCAACUGAUCGCGCUCAUCGGCAAAAAGGAGAUUCCCGAGCAACAUGCCAACUACAUGGAACAAAUUGUCGAGCUGAUGCAGAAGAAAUUCGUUCUCGGUGUCGUUUUGCUGCGUGCCACAUGCGAAGAAUUGCUCAGCUCACGGUCCGACAUCACAACGGAACGCAAACAGCAUCUCUCGUACUGCAUUUCCGUCUUUCUUCCGUCAUUUAUUCCGGCAAUCAAUGAAUAUCUGACGCCAAUUGCGACGCAACAGCGUUCCCGGGACACAAUUGACGCCACAUACGUCGAACAAUGCCGCGAACUGUUGCGUUGCAUCCAAGUCCUCUUCCAAUGUGAUAUCCUACAUGACGAGAUUACGACAAAAAUUAUCGAAAACUUGUUCCUCAUCGCCCGUUACACGCCCGAAAUGCAAGAAACGCAUGUCGAAGUCGCCAUUGGAGCGAUAACGGCUCUUUCGGAGCUAUUUUUGCGUCAACGGAAGCAUCAAAGUCACGCAAGUAUCGCCACCGGGCUCACACAAUUGCUCAAAUCGGGUGCCACGAUGUCAUCUACGACGGAUUUUGACUUUUCCACGUAUGAACAAUCGUUAACGGAGUUAUUCAAGUCCUCGGCGGAACAAUUAUCGAUCGCGUGGUGGCGAAAAACGCAAAAUUUAACGUGUCUCGAGGAAUAUUUGAGCUGUUUGUGGCAAUAUACGGUCCAUAAUGCCGAAGAUCCGACAGUUUUUCGCCAAAAACUGGCCGUUUGGGUGCCGAUCAUCAAGUAUUACGGCGAAAACAAGGGCGAAAUGUUCCCGGACAAGUGCAUGACAAUUGUAAUUUACACGCUGAAGCGAAUGUUGUUGCAGUACGAUGAUAAUCAGAAGUUACAGGCGAUUUACGAUCAAUGUGUGGACGAUCCCGACUCGGAAUGGCAGUCAUUUCUGAGUCAAUGUCUGGAAGUUGUGAGUUUAAUUGCUUAUUUGAACCCCCAAGGCGUCAACGAGCUCAUUUGUACGGAAUUUAUCAAGACCCAAGGACCCCUUGACAUCUUCGUGUCACUCACAAAAACGAAUGACGAGACAUUUUCGUCACUUUGCAACGAUCAAGUCAAAACGCAAUACCUUCAAAUCAUGUUCCGAGACUUGGCGACGGAAUUUCAACUCGUGGCACGAACAUUUCCGGUCAUCAGCGAAGUCGCAAACGGCUCUAAUGGUGCCCGAAUCUCCGCAAUUAUCGCCAGUUUGUGCGAAACGCUGCAACAAGCCUUAGUUCAGAUCCACAAUUGGAGCAAUUACAAGCAGCAAGCCAUUUAUCAGGACCUCAAUCACACCGUAGCUCAGUUAGUGGUGUCGCUCAUCUACUUAAUCCCCAUUUCGGACAUCCAGAACAACGUCAAGGGCAUGACGAGUCUCGUGGAAAGCACAAUUCAAACGAUUUUGUCCGCGUGCUCGGAAUGUCCGCUAUCUAAAAUACUAACCACGGCAAUUGGCACAUUCCUACUUAACAUCACGUCGAACCUCAGGCCGAAAUAUCUGCUGGAAAGUCAUUUUAUGCCGAUUUUGAUGAAAACGAACCUUCAAACGCUCGAACGGAAUGCGGCGCAAAACGUUUACAAGGCGUUGUUUAAUUGUCUCGUGCUUCAGUGGCGCGGUGUGAGUGCCGAGGAGCAAAAUAUCGCACAUCGGACGGCAAUUGCGCAGGAAUAUGUCUUAUUUUUGGGUUGUGACAUCCUCAAAACGACCGAAAGUUAUGACGAAAACGCAUUACGGGCCAUUACGAAUGGCUUGUGGGUCUUUCAGGACAUCCUCGAGUACUACGAGGACUCGAAUUCCUUCACGAAAGCCAUUUUAACGAACGCUCUGCGACCCGUCAUCGAAAAAGCUGUGUUCCUUUUCAAUGUUUUCCAUCACCAGAAUCCCAAAGUGAUCGAACACAUUCUGAAUUUCUUCAAUAGUUUGAUCAAAACGCUCCAAACACAACUGGGGGCAAGUGCGAUCAAGGAACUUCUCCUGCUUUUCAUCGAAAGUUGCAAAAAAGAGCAGUUGGAACAGGCGCAACUCCGUUGGAUCGACAAAUUGUUGCACAUUUUUCUAGUCAUCAUCAAGCAACAUGGAAAUUCCUCCGCCGCGCUAAUUCCGGACAUUUUAAAUCUCACGCUGGAACAAGUGGCGCCCCUUGUCUUCAACCUAGAUGCGAAUUUUACGGAAAAUAUUGAUGUGAUAAUGUCGUUGUAUGCGCUUUUCGAUGGAAUUCUGCAGAAUCGCUGGCAGUAUUUCUACAAGUCGCAAGUUUUGCGCGGAUUUUCGCCCGGGGCAAGUGACGAAGCGGCAAAUGACGUGAUGCCUGCGCAUCAGGAGCAAUUUUCUUCAAUUCUUACGGCAUAUGGACACGCGCUCACAGCAUUUAAUCAUCCGGAAAUGAUGCGCGCCGUACUCGAGUCGCUGCAAAGUAUCGACGAGAAGUACAAGCUCUUCCAUUCCCACUUUUUCAUCGUGAACUUUUCCACGGCUUUUCAAUGUGCAAUAUUAAGGUGUCUGGCGGCGCCUGAGGGUUCGCUCAAUUUCGAUUUGUUGCUCGGGGUGCUGUUUAAGAUGUCGCAACAAGGACAACUCGAACGGGUCCUGCGUGAAUUGGAUGCUAGUUUGAACGGGAAAACUGUCGAGGCGAUUUGCACGGCGACGGACUUUCCCACAUUUGCAUUUAACGUAUCUCACUUAGUACAGGACAUAAAAUAUAGUCAGAACAUUACUCAACAGUAGCUUCGUGAUGAUGAUUGAUUUAAUGCGUGGUGUGCUCCUUGCUCGUUUUUUGUUACAAUUUAAAAAGAUUUUUUAAUGAGAGAAUUAUUUUCGGUUGAAAAAUGAAAUAAUAAAAAUUCUUAU